GAAUCAGAAUCUAGAUCAAAAUAAUUUUCAUUACAACGUAACCAAAAAAUAUGGCAGCGGAACACGGUGGUGACGACGGGCUUCGUCGGCGAGGCUGUUCAUGUACAAAAGACGAUUUCUUACCGGAGGAAUCGUUCCAAAGUAUGGGAAAUUACCUAAAAGCCCUUAAAGAAACACCGAGUCGGUUCAUGGAUCGUAUUAUGACUCGGUCACUAGACUCCGACGAGAUUAACGAGAUGAAGGCUCGUAGUGGUCACGAGAUGAAGAAAACGUUGACGUGGUGGGAUCUGAUGUGGUUUGGUAUCGGUGCAGUCAUCGGCUCCGGGAUAUUCGUUCUCACCGGACUCGAAGCACGUAAUGCUUCUGGUCCCGCCGUUGUGUUGUCUUACGUCGUCUCUGGUGUCUCCGCCAUGCUCUCCGUCUUUUGUUACACCGAGUUCGCCGUUGAGAUUCCCGUCGCUGGUGGUUCUUUUGCCUACUUAAGAGUGGAGCUCGGCGACUUCAUGGCCUUCAUAGCCGCCGGAAACAUAAUCCUCGAAUACGUCGUUGGCGGAGCUGCCGUGGCUCGAUCAUGGACCUCUUACUUCGCCACUCUCCUAAACCAUAAACCUGAAGACUUCCGCAUCAUAGCUCACAGACUCGGCGAAGACUAUAGCCACUUAGAUCCAAUCGCAGUCGGCGUUUGCGCCAUCAUUUGUGUUUUAGCUGUCCUUGGCACGAAAGGCUCCUCAAGAUUCAAUUACAUUGCUUCUAUAAUCCACAUGGUCGUGAUUCUCUUUGUCAUCAUCGCCGGAUUUACUAAAGCCGAUGUGAAAAACUACAGAGAUUUCACUCCUUAUGGAGUUAGAGGAGUGUUUAAAUCCGCCGCGGUUCUUUUCUUUGCUUAUAUUGGAUUUGAUGCGGUUUCAACAAUGGCUGAGGAGACAAAGAAUCCAGGGAGAGAUAUUCCGAUUGGUCUUGUUGGAUCGAUGGUGGUUACUACAGUUUGUUAUUGUCUCAUGGCGGUUACGUUGUGUCUUAUGCAACCGUUUCAACAGAUUGAUCCGGACGCGCCAUUCUCAGUUGCGUUUUCUGCGGUUGGAUGGGAUUGGGCUAAGUACAUUGUCGCGUUUGGUGCUCUUAAAGGUAUGACGACGGUUUUGUUAGUUGGAGCCAUUGGUCAAGCUAGAAGAUAUUACGUCACCGGAGAAACAUCGUCCCGUGACCGUAAUAAGUUUUUAGUGUUCUUAGGUUUGAUUCUUGCGUCCUCAACCGCCACUGGUGUUUAUUGGGCUUUGGAAAAAGAGGGUUGGAUUGGGUAUUGCAUUACGGUUCCUAUAUGGUUUCUGUCUACAGUUGGGAUGAAGUUUCUUGUACCGCAAGCUAGGGCUCCCAAAAUUUGGGGUGUUCCUUUGGUUCCGUGGUUGCCUUCUGCUUCGAUCGCUAUUAAUAUCUUUCUACUUGGUUCCAUCGAUAAAAAAUCGUUCGUUAGGUUUGCAAUCUGGACAGGUAUUCUUCUCGUAUAUUACGUCUUGUUUGGAUUGCACGCAACUUACGAUACAGCUAAGGCGACGUUGAAGGAGAAGCUGACGUUGCAGAAAGCUGAGGAAGGUGGUGUUGUUGCUGAUAAUUCUGGUUCUGCAACUGUAGAUCACUAGUUGGUUUAUAUGUUAAAGUGAAUGUUAUGCUUACAAAACAGAAAGUGUUUGGCUUUGGGAUUGUUUGUCGUCAGAUUCCUCGUUUGGUUAAUCAGGGUUCUCUCAAGAAUUGUAAUGUCUUUGGUUUAUUUAGACUUUCAAUAUGUUAAUAGAUUUUCUUCACGUUU